AUGCCGGCAUCAUCGAAGCGCUCACAGCGCACCCGCCGCGACGCUCGUCGGGAUACGUCCCCUGCAAGACUAGAUGACAGCUCGCCUACCCGGCCAGCCAAACGCCGCAAGAAGGUCGAAGAGCCUCCACCAACCGAACCUGCCGACGAGGAUGAAUCCAGCCUCACUGCUGAUCAGUCCGGACAGCCUGCAAGCGAUGAGGAUCAGCUGCUCUCUCAAGUUGUUCAGCAUCUGCUUUGUCCCAAGGAAGGCCCCGUUCAAGCCAGCAAAGAUCACGCGAACUCAAUACACGAAGCCAAUAAAAACGGUGUCCAGGCUUAUGCUAAAAUAGCUGCGCAGGAUUGGACGUUCUACAUUACAAAGCUUGUUGUAAAUAUUGGCCGCUCAUCCGAAGGCAUGGACGAGGACGACGAAGAUUAUAUUCACAUCGAUCUCGGCCCGAGCAAAAUGGUCUCGAGACAACAUGCCCGCAUCUAUUUCAGUUCCAAAGAAGAGAUUUGGUUCUUAGAAGUUAAGGGGAGGAACGGAGUUCGAGUAAACGGAACCCCUCUGAAACAAGGAAGCUCUCGGCGCCUCGAGAGUGGCGAAGUGCUCGAUGUUGGUGGCACGGAGAUGAUGUUCGUUCUGCCGACUGAGAUAAGCCCUCUUCACAUCCACGCCCUUUAUCUAAAGAGAGCAGGCUUGUCACGGCAGGACGUCACAAGUCCUCCCCAGUCCAGGACAGACCUACCGGACGAGCCUUCAUCGGCACUAGGCUCAACCAUUAGGAGUUCGCGGGGCCAACAAUUCCGACAACCCCUGGCGCCAGCCCCGGCGGACUACAAGCGGCCAGGGACCCCUCCUUCAGUACGUGGUAAGCCAACACCAUCGCAGCACAAGUCACCGCAUUACUCAAGCUCCGGCACGUUAUUGUUGAAUUCAAACGACAUCGAUUUAAGUCAUGACGAUAACAAGCACAUCAAACCGCAAUAUAGCUAUGCGCAAAUGAUAACCCAAGCUAUAAUCAAUACACCAGAAGGAAAGCUCAAUUUAAACGGAAUAUACAACUUUAUCAUGAGUAAUUAUGCCUACUACAGACAUCAACAAGCCGCUGGAUGGCAGAAUUCUAUUCGCCAUAACCUCUCAUUGAAUAAGGCGUUUGACAAGGUUGCACGCUCCACUGAUGAGCCUGGUAAGGGUAUGAAGUGGCAGAUUGUACCAGAGGCGCGAGAAGAAAUGACCCGAAGUGCGUACAAGGGCGGCCGAGGCGGCCACAGGGGAUCCUCAGCGCCUUCAUCUCCUAGCCAGCUGAAUUACAUUACUCACGGACCAAGAGACAUGACAUCCAGAGAGCCUGUCUCAGCACGAAAGAGGAAAGUGUCGGCAACGGGUUCACCACCACCCAGUUCCUCUUUGGCCGCAGCACAGUCGACCCCAGACCGCAGCACACGACGUCUUGCCCCUCCGAGCACAGCAUUGACUGCAGAUGGCAGUCCUCUCCCGAGACCACGUAAAGGCGCGGGCGCGUCAGCUUCAACGAGCUUCACUUCGGCUAGCUACCAUGACCAGUCCCCUACUCUAACAUCAUCCUAUCUUCCUGAAGAUGGAGCAUCCUUUGUAACCCCUGCACCUCACCGUGUCCAUCCUAGACUAGCUCCGCCCAGCACUGCCCAGCGGCCUAGCCAGCAUAUGCCGACUAGCUCCCCAGCGCCCUUCUGGAAGUAUGCCGAUAUUGGUAGCACACCGUUGAAGCCCGCUGCCCAUUUCGACAUGAGCCCUUCGAAACCAUCCUUAGGUGGCAUACCACAGAGCAGCAGCCCCCCUCCUGUAAAGUCGCCCAAUCUCAGCCCCACCAGGUCUCCGAACAAGGAGUCAUCACGAGAGGUGCCAAGCGAGCCUUCAAACCCGCCCGAGAUCGAAGAGGAACAAGGUUUCGAUCUGGCAAAGGGUUUUCAAAGUAUUGGGUCAUACCAUGCACCCGUUAGCCGGGGAAUCUCCAUAGCUAGUGCCAUGAACGGUCAUACGUGA